AUGAUUAGAGAUUUACACCAUACUUUCCUCUCCAUUCAUAAACUAGUAAAUAUUCCUCAUCUCGUAAUUAAUAACUUUUAUAUUAAAAAUACUUUAAAUUUAGAAUAUAUUUAUACUAAAACUAGAAAUUCAAAUUCAAUUUUAUUCUCCAGAAGAUCUUAUUCAACCAUGUCUGAACAAAUCAAAGAUGAUACUCUAAUUGAGAAAAAAAAAACACAACCAAAACAAAAAUCAUCAAAAUUACAAGUCUCUUUGAAGACUCCAAAAGGUACAAAGGAUUGGGCCGAUUCUGAUAUGGUCAUUAGAGAAGCCAUCUUUUCUACUUUAUCAAACUUAUUCAAACGUCAUGGUGGUGUAACUAUCGAUACUCCAGUAUUCGAAUUACGUGAAAUCUUGGCAGGUAAAUAUGGAGAAGAUUCCAAAUUGAUUUAUAAUUUAGAAGACCAAGGUGGUGAAUUGACUUCCUUACGUUACGAUUUAACCGUCCCAUUUGCAAGAUACGUCGCAAUGAAUAACAUUCAAAAUAUUAAAAGAUAUCACAUCGCUAAAGUUUAUAGAAGAGAUCAACCUGCUAUGACUAAAGGUCGUAUGAGAGAAUUUUAUCAAUGUGAUUUCGAUAUUGCAGGUACUUAUGAAUCCAUGGUCCCUGAUGCAGAAAUCUUAUCCAUCUUAGUUGAAGGUUUAACUGGAUUAGGUAUCAAAGAUUUCAAAAUUAAAUUGAAUCACAGAAAAAUCUUGGAUGGUAUCUUUCAAAUUUCAGGUGUAAAAGAUGAAGAUGUUAGAAAGAUUUCUUCUGCUGUAGACAAAUUGGAUAAAUCUCCUUGGGAAGUCGUUAGAAAGGAAAUCACUGAAGAAAAGGGUCAAACUGAAGAAACUGCUGAUAAUAUUGGUGAAUAUGUUAAAUUAAAUGGUUCUUUAUCUGAAGUUUAUGACGCUUUAUCUAACGAUGAUAAAAUUAUAAAUAAUGAAUUAGCUUCAAUUGGGUUAAAGGAAAUAGCAACCUUAAUGCAAUAUACAAAGGCUUUUAAUAUCGAUGAGUUCAUCUCAUUCGAUUUAUCAUUAGCUAGAGGUUUAGAUUAUUACACAGGUUUAAUUUAUGAGGCUGUCACUUCAGCUUCUGCUCCACCAAAGGAUGCUGAUAAUUUAAAGAAGAAAUCAAAAGCCAAGAAUGAAGAGGAUGCCUCUGCAUAUGUUGGUGUAGGUUCUAUUGCAGCUGGUGGUCGUUAUGAUAAUUUAGUCAAUAUGUUUGCUGAAGCUUCAGGUAAAAAAUCUACCCAAAUUCCUUGUAUUGGUGUUUCCUUUGGUGUAGAAAGAAUUUUCUCCUUAAUUAAACAAAGAAAGGAAGCUUCUGCUGCAAUUAAGCCAACUGCUACUCAAGUAUUUGUUAUGGCCUUUGGUGGUGGUAAAGAUUGGACUGGUUAUUUACCUGAAAGAAUGCAAAUCGCUAAAGAAUUAUGGAAUGCAGGCAUUGAAACUGAAUAUGUAUAUAAAUCAAAGGCAAACCCAAGAAAACAAUUUGAUUCUGCUGAAAAGUCAGGUUGUCCAUUAGCUGUCAUUUUAGGGAAGGAAGAAUAUCUCGAAGGUAAAUUACGUGUUAAAAGAUUAGGUCCUGAAUUUGCUGAUGAUGAUGGUGAAGUUAUUGAUGUUAAAGACUUGAUUCCUGUGGUCAAAACUAAAUUAGCUGAAAUUCAUAAAGAUGGUAUCAAUGAUGUUACUCGGUUAAUUAGAGGUUUAUAA